AUGAUCAACAACUCUAUAAUUCUUAUAUUGUUAUUAUUUUCUGCACUUGAACUGUUGCAUGAAGAAAAUAAUCAGUUUUAUGAACCUAGUCUCCUUACCCAAAGACAGCUAUCAAUUUCAGCAGCUUAUUGUGAGCUCUAUGACCACCACCCUCCUCAUGACUUCCAAGGUGUUCAGACACUCUUGAUGAGAAGAUCCAUGUCUUAUUCCGGGAUAGACAGGUGUGAAGAAACGCGAGGUCAUGGUGCAGCCGAUGAUGACAUGUCAGAAGACGAUGGAUCGCAGCUUGGAGAGAAGAAGAGAAGGUUAAAUUUGGAACAAGUUAAAGCUCUUGAAAAGAGCUUUGAAUUAGGUAAUAAACUCGAACCCGAAAGGAAAAGUCAACUCGCUAGGGCUCUUGGGUUGCAACCAAGGCAAGUCGCCAUAUGGUUUCAAAACCGAAGGGCUCGAUGGAAGACCAAACAAUUGGAGAAAGAUUACGAUAUCUUGAAGAGACAGUUUGAGUCUGUGAAAGCUGAUAAUGAUGCUCUCAAGAACCUAAACAAGAAACUUCAUGCAGAGUUAUUGGCUGUAAAAGGUGGAGAUCAAUCAAAUGGGGUUAGACCCAUAAAUCUAAACAAAGAAACCGAAGGAUCAUGGAGUAAUGGAAGUGAAAACAGCUGCGAUCUCAACACAGUAGCAGGCACCAUGACACCAUCGGAAGAGAGCCCGAUAUUUUACACACAAAUAUCGAACAACAUGUACCCUACAAUGUCAUCUAUGGGUCAAAAUUCAUCGGGUCUAACACAAUUUCUACAAAAUUCUUCAACAACAGAUCUUCUUAGCCAAAGAUUAAACCAAACAGUUGCAAACGAAGGCUUCUGUAACAUGUUCAAUGGUAUUGAAGAUCAACAGGCUUUUUGGCCAUGGCCGGAGCAGCAUCCUCAACAUCUUCAUUGAAGUUCAUGACUGGAUUUUUUGCUACAUGAAAAUCCCAUUUUUUCGAUUUAAAUUUGAUACGAGCACCCAUUUUGCAAUUUAAUUGGUGUAUAGAAUUGAAUUAUAUGCAUUUUAUUUUGAUUAUUUAAAGGGGAAAUGGAAAAUACGCAUCGUCAAUUUCUUGUCAUAAAUUAAAUCCAAGUAUAUAUAAAAUGUUUUUUUUUUUUUUUCUAAAGAGAUUCAUGUGACAUGUUUAAUUAUUAAUUAUAUAUUCUAAUUCUAGUUUGGCC